AUGAACUAUUGGUAUAGACCUAACGUUUUAAAAAGAAAAUGGGGAAGCUAUGGAAGUAUAACCAAUGAAUACUUCAAUAACUACAUAAACGAUGAUUUUGACCCCGACAAUGGAGAAGAUUAUUACUUCAAAGAAGAUGAUGUAGAUUUACAUCCAGAUGAUUACGAAAAUGGUACUUUCUAUGAACCAGAUAUAGAAAUAUAUAAAACAGAUAUUCCAAUACCUGAAGAUGUAGAUAUAAACAUGAAAAUGAAUCAAUUAGACACAUUUAGUGAUCCUGAUAUAAAUGAAUAUAAGAAUGAAAACCUGAUAAACAUAGAAACAGAUGAUAAUAUGGAUAUCUAUGAAAAAGAAAAUGUACAAGAAGAAAUGCCAAUUUAUGAAAUAAUCAAUCCAGAAGAUCCCACAGAUGUAUUAACUUAUACCAAUCCAAUUACACAAAUACUUCAAAAAGCAGGAAUAGAUACUUCAAAUGAAGCUGAAAUGGCAAAAUAUUUAUUAGAAAUAAGAGAUAUAAUAAGAGAAAAUAAUAGAAAAAAUAUAGAUGAGUUGAUAAAAGCACAAGAACAGGGACUAAUUAUAAAUGGCUCAAUAAUAAAAGAUAAAAGUCUAUUAGACAUUAAAGAAGAUGAUAUUCCAAUAAUCAUUGAAAAAGAAGAAGAACCAAUGGAAGAAAUAGAAUACAUUAAAGAUAAACAUGAUCCAGAUAGAAAUAUUAUACCACCUAAACCACCAAGAGAGAAUAGAAAUACUAUUAAACAAUGGAUAGAUAAAAAUAGAGAUAAUUCCAAAAGAAAACAUCAUUUAGAAGAUACUAAUGAAUAUCAAGAAAAGAGAGAUUAUGAACGAGGAAUACAAAUAGAAGAAUUACAACAAUAUUUACCAAUAGAAGAGAAAGAAGAAAGAGAAGAAGCAAUAAAUGAAACAAAAAUAGAAAUUCCACAAAAUGAAGCAUUGAACGAAAAAGAAGAAGAUCAAAAUAAUGAAAUAAUGAAUACUUCAUUACCAAAUGAAAAAAUAGAAGAGAAAGAAGAAGAAAAAGAAAUUAAAAAGCCAUUAAUUCAAAAGAAAGAACGAAAAGUCAAAGAAGUCAAGAAGAAUACUCCAAAAAUAACAGAUGAAGAACUCUUCGAUGACUUAAAAGAAUUGAAAAGAGAAUUGAAAAAUAUCAAAAAUAGAAUUAGAAAACAUGCUAAACAACCAUUGCUCUAUUCAAAUAUAACACAAGAUAUUAAUAAAGAUAACUCUAAAAAUAUAUUACCAGAACAAAUUAAACCAAUAAUAGAACAAGAAGAAGAAGAUUUAAGAGUUGAAGACAUUCCAAAAGAGUUGACAAUACAAGAUCAACAAAAAUAUUGGAAUAACUUUAAACAUAAUGACGAAAACGUUGAUGUAAAUGAAGGAGAAGAAGAUAUAGAAGAAAUAGAAGAACCAGAAAUAGAAUAUGAGUACGAGUAUGAGUUUUGA